ACGCAGAUUAUUCAUCGAGACCUUGCCGCUCGAAAUGUUCUGGUUGGAGAAAAUGAAACUUGUAAAGUGACUGACUUUGGAAUGGCGAGAGAUGUGCAACAGGAAAACAUUUAUGAACGGAAAACAAAGGUAUGUAUUAUAUCGGAAACUGACCUAGAGUAUAGGACUGGCAGGCAAUCCCUUGCCGUUAACUGGAGGAAAAUACGUAAGGCUUUGUCUAUUAUGUCCUUGCUUUUUCGGUUACAUGCUUUAAGAGUUGCCCCCAAAACUAUAGCCCACGAAGUUAAGGCAGUGUGUGUUAAAAUUAUAAAACAUUUGACAACCCUAAUAAAGGAUAAAAAACUAUUUGGUCGGUCACCAAAACGUGCACGUGGGAUUAAAUUGCAUAUUUCAAGGGAUUAUGGUUGUCUUAAUGUGGUAAUAUAUAAAGACGUCUUUUGCCAAAGUGUAAAUUUUUAAUUCACCUGCAUAUAAAAGAAGUUUAGAAACUUUAUACUUAAUAGGGAGUUUAAGAUACGGCGACAACGGACUACGGACUACGAACUACUGUUGGACGAGCGUUGUCCUGUGUUUGUAGCACUGGGUUGAGUCGUGCAAAUAUAGAACGUUAAGAUUGCAUACAGACACAAGACUACGAGAGAAACGGCGGAGUGGGAAACAACACGCAAAAAUGUUAUUGUUUUCAUGUUCAGUUCACAAAAAUGCAAGUAUUUUGCAUGUAAUCUUAUCUUAAGAAUAAUGAACAAAUUCUUCCAUACUUGGGGAAGCAAUUACGUCGAGUAAAAUUGGUGAACAAAGUUUUGGCUACACAGUUUUUAUUUUUUCGCCCAUGAAUACCUAUGUGAAAUAUGAAAAAAAAUAAACUGAAAUAGUAAUAGUUCAUUUAUUAAAUUAAGAAGAUGGACUUCUCCGAUUACUGAUGUAGCUUGAAGUGUCGAAAUGCCGAGUUUCGAUGAUCUCAAAGAUGUUUAUAUCAUUUUCAUUCAGAAAAUGCGAUAUAAAAACUCGCAUAAACAAAGGUUACACGAGUAGAAAGACACACUAAUCAUUUCGAACAAACAUUAAAAAUAACUGCGAAGAGAAAGUAAAUUACCCGCAUUAUUUCUGUUCUCGAUCGGCCGUCAAUCCGAAUUCUGCGUAUAAACAGCUAAGCUUAUUUAAAUAUAAGCUUAAAGUUUUAGAUAAAAAUGUAGUCACGACGUUAAGUGGUUCGAGUAUAUAAAAGUGUAAAUCUGAUCGAAGCAGGAAUUAGACACAACUUGCAUAUUUCGCUUCCCUCUCACUUAAAGCAGGUGAAUUGAAAACGUUUUUACGAAAAAAAACAUGACAGUCACGUGGUUCUGAUCAUGGGCAAUAGCAUGUGUAACCGUAGUCGUAGUCCGUAGUCGCCGUAUCUUAAAGUCCCUAAUAAACGCCUUGGAGAACGGCUAAGUUGCAGUGAAACUUUCUUCGGUUUUGUCCUUCCACACUAAGACAGGAAGAAAGUGUAAAAAAGAAAGUUGCGUGUAAACGAAGCCUGAGUUUCAUUUUUGCCGUAACGAUUAGUUUAAAAUUUUAAGAUAGCUUUCUGAUCUUAUAUUUCGUAGUAUAUUUUUCUACCGACUUUCUUUUUUGCUAAGAUGCAGGGAAGCAAGGUGGUACAUUACUUUUUCAUCAUCUUUCACUUCCGCCUACUUUUCGCCAACUCGCUAUUCCAUGUUCGUCGUCCAUUUGGUAUUUGUCUUAUGGUCAUUUACUUUGUUGACAUGUAGGGUCGUUUACCAGUGAAGUGGACCGCAUAUGAAGCCCUGCUCUACGGACGAUACACCACCAAGAGCGACGUGUAAGAAAACUAUCUAUAUAUGCAUUAAUAAUGUGAUAUGUGCAUAACAGAAGCUUCUCAUCGCGUCACGUGAGAAGAAGGAAACAUGCAAGACGAUUAAUGUCACUGGGUUAACCAUCGUUACUGACGCCAAUACUAUCCCUCCUUCAUCUCUAAACUAGAAGAGAAAAAAUGUGUAUUAAGAAUCCGCAGAAUCUUUUUAUUUUUAUCUGUUUAAAAUGUAACGAAGAUAUGUCACUUUUUGGUCUCAUAGGUGGAGCUAUGGAGUCUUGCUUUACGAGAUAUUUACAAUUGGUAAGGUCCUAUAGCUAUUAACUUACAAGGGUUUUCGAAGUUAUUCUUAUUAUUAUCUUGUUGUGAAAAACAAACAGAAUGUUCCGAAAGAAGAAAGGUAUUACGUUAUAACAUAGUUUAGAGCUCAAGAAUGCAAACGUUAUUAGUACAUAAAUUAUUUGUGUUUUCCGUGCAUGUUGUCAUGGACAACUUGCUGCUAACGAUAAAAUCCCCAAUGGUACCAUAUGUGAUAAUGGAGAGCUUCAGCAGCAAGAACGCUGACCUCCUAAACGUCGUGAACAAAAAUCGGAAGUUGGCUGAUUUGCAUGAUGGGACGCCGUUUUCUAACCCAAGGAUUUUGAAAGCCUUUCUUUUAACAAAUAUUCGUGACAUUGAGUCAGAUCGCUGCUCAAGUAGUUUAGUAGUUUAUUAGACUGUCCACAGUCCCCUAUUUUUUGGUAAGAUUGUCGAGAUCGAGCGCUUUGCGUUACGGGCUGCCAUCUUGCAUGACUGUCAAAACUACUUGGGGGGCUGGGGCGGUUUUGGAAAAAGCGAGAAAAAUAGAGGGACUGUAAUAACAUAACUGCAGCUCGCGUUCAGGAGGCGUGACAGGAAUUUCACGCCUUUUACCAUUCAUUAAUUAAGAAACUCCGCUAGCGAUAAAAAACAUGCCAGACACAUUUAGCAUCGAUUUCGCGUGUUUACAAAUAUCUCCUUUCGAAACAGCGACUUUAUACGCGGCUUCUGGGCAUUUCCCCAAAUAAAAUCGCCAAAUAGACAUGCACAGUUGAAACAUUUUCUUAAUUGAAGCGCUAAGCAUGCUUGCUUCACCACGGAUUAAAACGGUUAAACCUCCCGAUAAAAAGCCAGGCACCUGUUCCGACAGGUCGUCUUUUUUGCAUCGGCGUAUCGUUAAAUUUCAAUUGGUUUGGCAGAAACAGUGUUACAACAUUUCACUUGCCGGGCUGCUUCAAAAGCAUGUUGGCUUACUUGAUUCAUCCGCAAAAUACCAAAAAUCUUUCGUGUGUUUACCCAAGAUGUGCCUUAUGGUAGUAUUAUGAAAGCGUAUGGAAACGACGACUUGUCAUCGACUUCACAGUGUCGGCAACUUAAACUAGACCCGUUGUCAACGCAAGUUAACAUCUGUUGUCUAAUGACCAAUCAAACGCCUGCUUUGCUGGUACAACGCGCUCCGUGAACGCUAGCUGCAGUGAUGUUAUUACAGUCCCUCUAUUUUUCUCGCCCCCUCCCCCUAGAGCUAUAAUCCCCGACGCCGACCCACUUGGUACAUUUGAAUUCAAGAUGCUCGCCGUUAAUGGUUAGACGCUCUAUAUCUCAACGAUCUCACGAUAAAAAUAGGGGACUGUGAACAGUCUAGUGGUUUAUCGGUGGAAAAUGGUUUAUUGGCCACAACUUCGGUGUAGAUGAUGGCGCUAAAUCAAAAAUUGAAACACAAAAAAGAACCCAUUGCCUUUAACAUUUUAAAGUAUAGAUAUUGUGUUAAUCACUCACGCGAUAUAUCACAUGUCCAUUUUACGAAAGGUCGUUAAUUAUUGACCAAUAGGUGGCCGGUUUAAGAAAAGAAAUGGAGCAAUAACUUUUUUCUUAUUUAUUUUAAAUAUUUCUAACAUUUCACGUUUGGAAUGACUGUCCAUGGCACUUCAAGAAAUAAUUAUGAGGAAAAGCAUCAUUUUAAAUGCCCAAAUUUAAUCUUUGAUCAUUAAAAACUUUUAUUAAUUAAUUUUGAACUUUGCGUACAUUCAUUCCAAACGUAGAAAGUUAGUUAUGUUUAUCCUCUUUCAGAAAUGCCAACUUGUUUAUCCCAACAAAGUAAAUUCCCUACCAAUUCGCCAAUUUUCUUCAUUUUCAAUUUUUGGUCGUCACGUGACAUGUCACGUGACCAUACUUAAACGUUCAGCUACAAGAAAACCUCAAGAUUUACUUUGGGGAAAAAUUAUUUUGUUCCAGGUCUCCUAGUGAGGGAUAUUGCCUAUCAUUCAUUCGAACACAUCUUUGACCCAGGAUUUAAACCCCUUGAAUGAAAGAUUGACUAGUUGAGAAGCCUUUUCACAUUAACUUCUGGUUGAAAUGUUUAACGUCCAGGGAGACAACUGUCUCUCGCUACCGUGCCAAACUUCGCUGAUAAUUUAAUACUGUCACCUUAUCACAGCAAGUACUUACACCAUGACUAAUCCACGACCUUUUUUAGUUCCCCUGGUGUAAAUAAAUUGUCCUUACGGCUACUAAGGCCCGGUUCAUACGUCGAACUUUUCGUGAGCCGAAUCUAAUACAUUGAAUUAAUGAAAAGUUCGGUGUCUGAAUCAACUAGGAACGCCUGUUUCAAUUUGGAAAGGCUCAACCGUUCUUUUCGCUUAGCCCGGCCGUGAAUUUCGCCUUUGGAGCGACUCUGGAACGGCUUUCAUUCAGACACCGAAUUUUCAUGUACCGAAACUAACGUAUUUUGUAAGCAGUUUGAACGAAAUGGGCAUUUUUUGCCUUUUGAACUUAGUUUAGCUGCAAUUAAGGUCGGCGUCUGAAUCAAUUCAGCAGGCCUAAAUAAUUUGGGUCGGCCUUAAUUCUAACUAGGUUCGGCUCAAGAAAAGUUCGGCGUCUGAACCGGGGCUUACAGUUAGUUUCUUCCAUUUUCAGUAAAAACAGGAACAGAGACAACUACAACAAAUUUUGGGAGAACCCAUGCCUUUUAAUAAAGUAUUGUAACAGCUGGUCACUUUUUCCUUUUAAGGUGGUUCUCCAUAUCCACGAAUGGAUGGCAGGAAGAUUGUAAGCUUACUUCAGGACGGAUACAGGAUGCCUAAACCGCAACAUGUUGAUGAUGAACUGUAAGUAAUUCUGUGACCGCUUCAUGGCUUUCGAAACGUUUUAUUCCUGUACUGAAUACCUCUCUCCAUACCACUAACGUUAUCUAAUAGGAUCCUUAAGGACCCUGUGAGGUUUUUUGACCAGAGAUGAUUUUGCAAGUCGAAACGCCAGAAUGCUGAGGUCACAAUUUCCAUGUCAUAGCUUUGGGCACUGGUCGCGUUCCGCAAAUAAAGAAAGGGGUCGAAAAGUAUCUUUUAGCCGUGACCACUAUUAGCUACUAUUUUAAGGUGUCGUAUUUCUUUGAGAGAAAAUUUAGUGAUGAACGUCAAGCCAAACUCUCGAAAAUGUUGGACUUAAAGUUAACUGCAAACUCUUAUUGGAAAUUUCAACCGAAGAUGACGACUAUGCUUUUCUGAAACUCCUUUUGUUCUAAUAGGCCACUUCCGAGUUCCAAAAACUCUCGCUUUCAAAACGAGACUAAGUGCAAAACCUUUCUUGUGAAAAUUAGGUUUAUAUAAAUGAGAAUAAGAAAAAAAAAUUCAUAUCAAUGAUAAUAAUAGUAAUAAUAAUAAUAAUAAUAAUAAUAAUAACAAUUAAAUAAUAAUGAUUAAAAAUUUGUAUAGCGCCAAUCCAGCCCUGCCAUAGGCGCCUUACACCACAUUCCACACAAUAAGUAAAUAUUUCACAUUUCAAACAAAUAAAUAAAGAAUUAAAUAGUAAAUAAGUGAAAGUUAAGAUAAAAAUAGCCGUAUUAACAUGAUACGCUUUUCUUAAAAAAGAUAAGCCUGCAUGAAGGUCAGAUUUAAAAGUACUUAAAUAGUCACAUGAACGGAUGCUGUCUGGUAGACUGUUCCACAGGUCAAGAGCAGCAACAGCGAGUGGCUUCGCACUCAGCCUUGCUUUGCAUCAGAGGCUUAAGAUAAAUCGGAAAUGAACUAUUGGUAUGGACCUAAGAAUUGUUGCUCAUCAUAGCGUGAAUAUUUUGGUGUCGCGACAGGUACAAAAUCAUGAAACUGUGCUGGCUGGAAGACCCUAACGCAAGGCCUUCUUUUUCUGACCUGACAAUAAAGCUGAAAAAGAUGGAAAACCAACAUAAGGUACGAUUUAAACAAGAAACGCCCUGGACAAUUUUGAGUCUCCCUCAGUUGUCCUCCUUCACAUUUGUUCACCUUCAUUAGCAAGUCUAGAGCUGCAAACCUAGGGUAGCCUUAUAGGUUCUGUCUUUAAAACGUUCUCGUUAUGCUUCGUUGGCAGUCAACUACGACCUCUCGCCAUGACUCUGUUUCUUAUACCUAAAGUGGAGAAAUAGACAGGAGCGUAGUUUCCAUAUACUCACAUACGCCCAUGCGUACAGCUGAAACCUGGCAAAUUUUUUGUAUUUUUUCUUGAAAGCGUUUUUAUCAUUAAAUCGGGAUGACGGAUAAAUUUUUUUGCAUUAUAUUAGCGUCUUUGCUUGUAACCAGCACUUGAUGGCGCCACUGUCUUACCCUUUAUUUUUUUCUGUAAACACUGUACCUGUCAUACCAAUAACUAUAUGGGUAAAGGAAACAACUAAUUUCUGCAUUUCCCUUCGUGUUUAUUUAUGGAAAAAUUUCCUGUGGAAAGGGCUGGAAAUGACAUUGCCGAGAAACUAAAUUCAGAAAUUUUCUGGAGGAGCACCCUAGUUUGAAGUGCCUUCAGCACUCUAACUUUUCUUCCCGUGCGUACACCUUCAAAAUCUCAUGCUACGCCCCUGAAUUAGAGUUGUUAACUGGAUGGAUUGUUUUGUUGCCAGUUACGAGAACAGGCUGAUUGUAAGACGUCAUUGAUUCGCCUGCGUUCUUAAUCGUCUGAAACGUUUUGCAUUUAAACUAAGAGAAAUAGUCCAACCAAUCCUGCAUCAUUCGCUUCUAAUAAGUUUACUUAGGUUUGAAAUAGCCUUCAAUGCAGGCGUUUUCUUUUUUUCUUUUGGCCGGUCACGCAAACAAUUCCUUGUCACUGAGCCAAACAAAUGUCUGCGCAGCAGACUGUUGAUAUGGCUUGUUAACUUAUAAUAUGUUUUUCCUUUCUUAUUUGCAGGGCCUAAUAAACAUGAAACUGUAUGAUAAACAGCUAUAUGCAAAUCUGGAAGACUUGACCGUAUAA